AUGCAAGAUUGUCCCCUUUACAUCUCUACAAACAAGCUUUACCACUCCGUCAUGGAACAAAAGAUUCCCUUGCAGACUAUAAGGAAGACUAUGAUGCGGCUGUUAAAGGAGGCUAUGAACUUCACUCCUGUGAUCUCCACAAAAGAUUACGUUAGCAUCGACUCCGAUCAGUCCCAGACUUGGUCCGAUUCGUUAAGCGAUGUUAUAAACGGCAUUGCUAAUAUUUCAACUUGCAGCAUUUCGUUGGUGCCAGUCGGGCCGAAAAUACUA